GGGAGCUGGCCCGCCAUGACCAACCUACGGGGCCACCCCCUGCGGAGCCCAGGUCGGCGCUGACCCGGAGGCUCACAGAGGCUCGAAAACGUACUGCUCUCGCGAGAUUUUCAAAGAUCCGCUCCAAGCGCGCCGCUUUCGUUUGUUGCCUAGGCAACUGGGCGGUACCAGUGCCCGCGGGAAGGAGGCACACAAAUUUCCCCCGCUAGCCUAGGAGACCUCAGAAGUAGCCAUCCCUGAGCUUCCAGCCCUAGAGACCACGGCCUCUGCUCCAGGCGGUGCCCCUGCCUCUGGGGGCCAUGGGCCGGAUCUCAGGGCUCGUGCCCUCUCGUUUCCUGACGCUUCUGGCGCAUCUGGUGGUCGUCAUCACCUUAUUCUGGUCCCGGGACAGCAACAUCCAGGCAUGCCUGCCUCUCACGUUCACCACCGAAGAGUAUAAGACGCAGGACAUUCAGCUGGUGGCAGCGCUCGCCGUCACCCUGGGCCUCUUUGCAGUGGAGCUGGCCGGUUUCUUCUCAGGAGUUUCCAUGUUCAACAGUACCCAGAGCCUUAUCUCCAUCGGGGCUCACUGUAGUGCAUCUGUGGCCCUAUCCUUUUUCAUAUUUGAGCGUUGGGAGUGCACCAUGUACUGGUACAUUUUUGUCUUCUGCAGUGCCCUCCCAGCAGUCACUGAAAUGGCCUUAUUCAUCAGCGUCUUUGGGCUGAAAAAGAAACCGUUCUGAUUACCUUCAUGAGAGCAUGAAGAAAGGCUGGAGGAGCAUUCACCAUUCCUGGAAGGAGGAAGCGCCCUCCCCCCCUCCCCCCGCCCCCAACUCCCCCUAAAACGGCAUUUGGUGGAGAAUUUUAGUGUUAGAGUAAUUAACUGUCGAGUCUGGGAUUUAUUAGCGUUUUAUUUAGAGCUUUGUAAUGAAAUCCUAUUUUAGAGUAACAUCAAAACUUAUAAAAAUUUCAGGGGAGAAUUGGGGUAGCCAAACUACUAGAGAAACGGAAGGCUGUUUUCCAGCCUUGCAGACUGUAAGAUAAUAUGUACCGCUUUUAUCUUGGUUAUUACGGUAAAUGUCUGGCGGAAGGGAGUGGGCGGAGAUAUGUAAAUAAGUGGUGCUAACGGCCAAGACUGCAAGCUCGCGAGUGGAGCAUUCUGGGAUGGAUUAGUUUAUUCCUUUUGGUUGCCAAAUGGAAAAAAAAAAUAUUUUGAAAGAUCUGCAAAUAAAUGUAGCAACAGAAAAGGAAGAAUCUGAAUAGUUUUACUACUCAGGCUAACAUGUUAUUUACUCACCCUAUCUUGUCGUGGGAUCCUUUUCAUGGACUUCGGAAUACUCCACGAUAGUGAUUAUCGUCAGGUAGGAUAAUCCUUACCUGUUCCUCCUUCGGGAGGGCAGAUUGGAACAUGAUGAUUGGAGAUCGCAUGAUUCGUGAUUAACGUCUCAGCGUAAUCAGGACUUGCAACACCCUGAUUGCUCCUAAUCUGAUUCUUCCUGACGAUCUCUCCCCUUGUUCUCGCGUUGAUAGUGGCGAAGUGCUUCAGUUGGCAGGGAAUUUCAGUUGUCCGGAAAACAGUUGUCACCAGUAAGUUUCAUAUCUAAGCUCCAGGUUUUCGUUAUUAAUAUUUAAGAGAAAAGGGUUUUGAAAACUUGAAUGAGCGAAGAAUCAUUUGUGUUUCAUGGUUUUCUACAAAACGGUAAUGUAGACAAAACAAAACACGUUAAUGUUGACCAUACCUGGUGUCACAGAUAACCUAUCUCACUAUGGCAAGAAAGGCCACCUGUUCAACGGUGGUUUUCCUGGUGGUUGGAGCUCCCAUCCAGACCUGGCAAACUUGUUCACAGGGGAGCAAUAUCCCACCUCUGCAUGUCAGCACAUGGCAAGAACAUGUUUAAAAGGUUAUUAAAACACAUAUACCGAUUAGGUAUUAUACAUACAAACUACAAAAGUAAAAAUUUCUAACUUGUCAUAGGAUAGAUGCUUCCUGGUAUGGUGUAUGUUGGGAAGAUGGAACCAGGGCAUUUUUUUUUUUAAGUAUAUUAAUUGUAUUUAUUUUCAGUAUAUCGUACUUAAAGAGAUAGAUGCUCAUAAUGGUUAAUUACAUUUUAGUUGAAUUUGAGGGAUAAAAAUUUGAAAUAGUGAGAAAUAUAAAUAUUUAUAAAGCCUCGAUUGUGGAAAAAAUACAAUGUAGUUGAUUUUUUUUU